AGUCCUUUUGGCUCAGGAGCACGUCGCGGCAAGGGCCCACACCGCCGCAAGAAACCCCGCCGUCGCUUUCGCAUGCUCCGAAAUGGCACGUCGCAGGUCCUUUUGUCAGUCGCGCUGUUGUCCAGUCAGCUGCAAGCAGCUUGCGCCGCGCUCAAUGUGGAGGCGAAUGCUCCGCAGGACUUACGAUGUUCCAACCUACUGGAGCCUUAUUAUUUCUGGGAUGUGGUCCUUAAGUACGAUGGGAGCAGCAUGACUCAGGACAUGGUCGCUUCUCUGCGGCAGUCCAUCUUCAUCGAGGCGGCGUACCUCAAAGAGAGGCGCCCGGAGCCCUGCUCCAGCCUGGACGGCCCGGCCCGCGUCGGGGCGCUGCUGGGCAGCGGCGCCCCCGGCAAACCUGGUGACGGCCCCGGGGUCAUCCCGGACAGGCUGCUGCAGGAGCUCGGCUGGGACAUUGACGUUGAGGGCUUCGCGACAUUAGACCACGACGCCCUGGAGGCGCUGCGGCGGGGCGGCGGCGCCGCGGGCGGCCCCGCCCCCCGGGCGCCGCCCGCGGCCGUCGCCGCCGGCACGGAGGUCGCGGUGCCGCCGAGCGCCGCUCGGGGCAGUGCGGAGCUCGGCCUGUUGCACUUCGGCGAGCUCCAGCUGGACAGACGCGUCCCGCUGACCUUCUCGGACGGGCUCCCCAGCGGCGUGGUGGCCACCUGGGACGGCCGGUGGCUGGCGCGCGACUGCUCCGGCGCCCCCGCGCGCGCUGGCGCCGCUGGCGCCCGCCGCCGCGCCGAGCGCCGGCGACGGCGAGGCCGGGGCGGUGCCCGCGGUGGUGGAGCUCGCCGGCAGCGUCGGCUACCUGCGCUUCUCCAGGCCCGUGGUCGUCCGCUCGCUGUGGGCGCGCUGGCGCCCGGCCGCGGGGGCCCCCGCGGCGCUGGUCGGCAGCCGCCUCGGGCUUCAGGGCGUGUGGACCACCCACCUGGACUCGUCGAGGCUCGGGGGCGCUGGCUGGGUCGACGUCGGCAGCGGGCCACUCUCGAAGAAGUGGUCUUCAUCGCCGCCGCGGGCCUGGAGAUCGGGGCCCUGGAGGUCGCCGCCCCCGGGCCGGCGCCGCCGGGCGAGCGGAGCCCCGUGCUGCUGCUCUCGCUCGCCGGCGGCCCGCGGCCCUCGCUGCAGCUGCGGCGGGAGGCGCUGGACAUGGCGGUGGCGGCGCCCCACCUCGUCUCGCUCCAGGAGGUCGUCGACAGGGACCUGCAGUUCCGCCGCCCCGGCGAGCUCCCGCCCGCGCAGCGCGCCGCCCGCCCGGCGGGGCUGCUGAGCGUUCGAUCGCAGCUGGAGGUGCAGCAGGAGGACAGUCUCGCCUGGAUCAGCACGGCAAGCCAGCAUCAGGCAUUGUACGAGCUCGAGCCACUCAUCGCAACGUCAUCCGUGGAGGCUAUUUCGAGCAUAGCAAAGGCUCUUGUGGGCACCAUCGACGGCACGGACUUUACAUGGCAUGUCCCUCCUGAUUUGAAGAGGGAGCUCCGCCAGGCCAGAGAUGAUGUCAUCGACGCUCUAUCUGAAUUUGUUAGCUGGCGGAACGGCUGGGGCGACGAGACCCCUAUCUCAUUACCAUGGGACGGUUCUUCCGACGACAUGCAGCGGUAUUUGUCAGCUAAGCGAAAGCAAACCAAUUUGGACCUCCUGACGGCUGCACUUUUGUAUCGGCGGCACGGUAUGACUAGUCGUCUGGCUGAUUCCCAGCCUCACGCGCGCUCAGGGUGAGCACGCGGCUCUAGACUAUCGCGCUGUCGCGCGGACCAGGUAUCCGCAUCCUCUCCUCGGCGAUUUUCCCUUUUGGAAGGAGGACGGGCGUGCUCCUCUCACUCUUCGUCCGACCUGCGGGCCGCGCUCGAGUAGGCGCGCGUAUGCAGGCGUGGGGUCCCUGGGCUUGGCCGGGGAGCAACACACCUCGUUCUUUGCUCCCCCUCUCGGGGGGCGCCCCGGCUGUGCACCGACCCUGGCGAGGCCGAUCCCGGUCCCACCCUUGCCUCGGAGAAGCAGUGCAACUCUCGCGCGCGAUGCGCCUUCCCACGCCCCUCGGCUUCAGUGCUCGGGCGGGGCGCCGCGCGAUCCGAGUUUCCGCC